AUGAAAUCGAGACGGUGGCGAAUUUUCCGCGGGAAAGCACGCAGGGAGCAUUUCUUUCGGCUGUAUUCGUGGAAAACAUUAGGUCCACUUCUCGUAGAAGGCGUCGCUGUCUCUGAAGGCAAUGCUUACUCGCGUUAUUGUUCCACUAUCUCGAACAAGAAAGUCAAUAAGCAGCUGGGUGCCGACGGCGGGAAAAAGCUGCGAGCCGACAAUGCAUCGCUCACGGACGACGCGGACCCGGCCUAUGUGCAGCGAGCCGUGCUCGUUUUGAACUCCGCAAAAAACCCCGGGAUCCUCUUUCAUCAGUCAGCCGUGUUCCUGGUAUGCUGGGUCCCAUUCUUCACCUGUAACAUUUUGGAGGCAAUUUCGCUGAAGUUGGAGGAGCCUGAAGCAGCCUGGAGACCUGGGGUUACGCUUUUCCUCACCACUACCUGGCUGGGGUACAUCAAUUCCUUCAUGAAUCCAAUUAUUUAUACCGUGUGGAACAUGGAAUUCCGGAAGGCAUUCCGGAAAAUACUCGCGACCCCUUUCACUGCUGGCAACAGCAUAUUCGCAGAAAAGAAACCUUGGCACAUUCUCGAGACCGUGCCAAAACGAGGCACUCCGACAGAAGAACUCUUCAACGAACCCCGAGUACCAAGUGCAAAAGUGCAGCGACGCAGUACCGCCCUGUCCGGACAAGAAUUGAUGGACCCGAUUGUGGAGACAUCCGUCGGGGCUUUGGCGCUGCCUGAACCGACGGCGUCAGUGGACACCAAGCAUCCGCCUUUGACAGUUCCGCGACGAACGACCGCGGCGUCAUUCUGCUUAUCCCAGGCCGGGGCCCUGUUGUCUUCAGUAUCGUAUCCCGAUGAACCCGCGGUGUACGAACUCGUAUCUGUGUGCAUUGGGGCCGUGUUGGCGAAGGAAGCCAGUCAUCGCUACGGAAACUGA